AUGGUUCCAGAACCCCAAACCCAAACAGCCAGCGGCUCCCCCAGGGCUGCUUCCGGGGCCGCCGUGGAAUCUCACACGCGCCGGGCCCCGCCGAGCCCCUGGUGCAUCCGCGCGCACACCCGCUCGCGUGUCUCCCGGGCUGGCCCUGAGCCCGUGGCCGCUCUGCAGGGCGCUCGGGCCCGGCACCCGGGCUGCCCCGGGGCUCCUGCCCCUCCCACGCGCCCUCCACGCGGCCGGUCGCCCCGGCCCGGCCCCGCGGGUGGUCCCCUCCCGCGCCCGACCCUUGCCCGGAGGCCGCCGGCCCGCAGCCCUUCCGCGCUUGCUCACCUGGCGGCUGCCGGCGUUCUCGGGCCCCGGGCGGGGCGCCCCCUCCGCCAGGAGGCCCCCCUGGCUGCCUCGGCUCCGGGCGCGCCUCCGGGAGGGUCGGCGAGGCUCGUCCCGCCCGGCGCGGAGCUCGGGGGAGGGAAGGCGGGGGCCUGGGCCCGUCGGGUCCGCGGGGCUGUUUCUCCCCCGCGGUCCCGCGGAGCCUCCCGUCCUCGAUUUCUACCCUCACGAGGCGAUUAUUGGUUUCGACUCAAGGCUCCCCCUCGGGUCCAGGAGCCGCACUUCAGGGGGACGUGCCCUCGGCUCUCCGGUCUGAGAGACGCGCCCGACGGCCCGGCGCCCGGUCCCCCCGCAGGGCCCCCAUCUGCCUCCCCGGUUGGGGCCCUGCGCUCCGCCUGGUCCUCGGCUGCCCCCGGGCCCCCCUUCCACAAAAGCUCAGCUGAAUCUGUGCCCUUGACUGCGGGUUCCUUCUGCUUCACACCCUGUAAUCGGCGGGCAUUUGGCCUCCUGUCUGCGCGCCCCCCUCCCAGCCCGGGGCCGAGGGGCGCCUGCUGCGGCUCUGGUCCCGACCCCCCGCCCGUGGCGCCCCGGCGUGCAGCCCUCUCUGCUGGGCAUGCCGACCCCCAGAGGGGCUCCCCACCAACUGCCCCACCGGGGCCUCACAGCAGUCGGUGA